CCUCCGCCCCCGGGAGUCGGUGCUUGUAACACGCCGGGGUGGUGGAACGCAUUCGCUUCUCUGCUCAUUGCGGUGAUGCUGCGCAUGCUACGAACCAGAUGAUCCGCUCUAGGAACUCGGUGCCCCCGCUCUGUUCGAAGGCGGGCGAUGCAACCCUGAACCAAUACCGCCGCAUGUUUGCAACUGCCAAGGGAAGGAGGGAAUCGAUGGCUUUCGGAUCCCGAGCUCUGGCUCUUCACACACCUGCCUCUGUGUCUAUGCUGCAUCCUGCAUAAAGUGAUUUUUCUCUCUCUUUUAUAUACACUCAACCACACACGCAAUUGGGGCCAGUCUCAUGUUGGAUGUUCCUCAGUUGAAUUAUCCAUUGUUGGAUGUUCUUCCUUUGGAGCAGUUUGUCUUUGGAUAUUGCUCAGCUGUGUUCGCUAUUGUUGGGUAUUUCAGGUACAAAGAAGGGUGGCAGGAGCCAUGUACCUGCUGGACAACGAGCCAUAUCCCGAGAUGCUGAAGAGAGGAACUCCUCAGAGGAAGACUGUCUACCGGAUCUCCCUCACUCUUGUCAAACGGGAGGCUGCCACAGCCGAGGCUGGUAGCAAAUCCUCUCCUUCCCCUCGAUCUGAGGGGCCUCCGGAGCGACGAGGUUGUACCAGCGACACCCACCAGCCUGGAAGUCAGUGCUUGGCAGAGAGUGGUGAAACAGAUGAUGAAUUUGAGCCAGAAGCGAAUCUUCGGAGCUUUCGCACCUUCAGCACUGGCCACCUGGAACUGGGCAGGCUGAAGGUAGCCAGGCGAUCCCAUGAUCUGGGCUUCAAGCUCAAAGACAAUCCGACCAAAGACUUGGUAACACUGAGGUGCAGAGAUGGGACUUCAGCUAGACCGAGUAGUAUGCUGGCAACUGUGGAUGUGGAAUUAAAAAACAAGAAAAAUUGGGCACAUUGCACCGAGAGAUUGGUGACAGGGCCUGAAUCAGGAGAAUGUGUCAAUAUCUCAAACCGGGGAAAGGAUCAACAAGAAGGCAGAGCUUGCGCUGAAGGCAGUCGGAGAAGGGAUGCAGCCAAAGCUGCUAGUGUAAAGGAGCACUUGGUGCCUUUACAGUCCAUUAAUGCAGAAGUGCUUUAUCCAAGGAAAUCACCAAGGGCAGGUAGCAAGUCUGCUUUGAAGAAAAUUGAGACAACCAUCAAGAGAAACUCAAAUGAUUCAUUAAAGAGUCCUUUGGGGAACAAGGAGUUAAUCACAAUGUCCCCUCCUGGUUCAGAGCUUGAUUUCUCGAAGCACAUUGUUCCAAAAGGAGAACACAGUUUGCUGUCAGUAGCUCCAGCAGUGGGUUCACCUCUGCUACCUGAUUAUUCGACUGUUUGUGUAGAUGCCAUCAAACAAACACCUCCGAUGUCCAUGGCAACAGACAAGAGGCACCCAAGUUUACUCAGAAGAAGCUUCAGCUUCAGACACUGGAAUGGGGAGCUAGUGAGGUUUAAAGCGUUAUCAAAGGAGAAACAUCAUGGCAGCUCCAGUUGUCUCUCUGGUGGCGAGGUCGAAAGUGAAUUCAGAACCCAAAAGCUUGAGCCUUAUUGUGGGGAAUCUGUAGCAAAUGAGAAACGAAACACCUUGGAUGUUGGGGAAGUCUUGAACAAAACUGAUCCACUCUCUGAGCCUGGGCGGUGGGAGCGGGGAAAACGAAAGAAUAGGACUUUAGACAACAGUGACAUUCACAAGCUUUCUGAAAACUUGGAAAUGGGGAAGGAUAGCUUUUUAACAGGUGCUGUGAGAUCCAGUUCCCAGGAGCACAAACUCUUCAGGUUUUUUAGUGGUAUUUUCUCAAAGCGUGAUGGUACUUCAACACCUGUUACGAGUCCUUAUGGAAAAUCACAUAGGGAUUAUGUUGCCAAAUCCAAAGGAUAUGCUCGCGGCCAGAAGAAAGGUAUCUCUCCUUUUGAGCAGUCCAGCAGUGAGAGCAUUGAUGAAAAUACUUAUCAAAAUGAUGCAUUUGUGAACAGCCAAGAGUGGACUCUUAGUCGAUCUGUGCCAGAACUUAAAGUGGGAAUUGUCGGUAAUUUAGCCAGUGGCAAAUCUGCCUUGGUCCAUCGAUAUCUGACAGGAACGUACGUUCAGGAGGAAUCACCUGAGGACAUGGAUGCAGGUGGACGCUUUAAGAAGGAGAUCGUGGUAGACGGCCAGAGUUAUCUACUGCUGAUCAGAGAUGAAGGGGGACCUCCAGAGGCACAGUUUGCAAUGUGGGUGGAUGCUGUUAUCUUUGUCUUCAGUCUGGAGGAUGAGAACAGCUUCCAUGCAGUUUACUAUUACUACACCAGGAUGGCUAACUAUCGGAGCACCACAGAGAUGCCAAUGGUACUGGUUGGGACGCAAGAUGCCAUCAGUGCCGCGAAUCCACGUGUGAUCGAUGACUCAAGGGCCCGGAAACUUUCCAACGAUCUGAAGCGAUGCACCUACUAUGAAACGUGUGCCACCUAUGGCCUGAAUGUGGAGAGGGUGUUUCAAGAUGUUGCCCAAAAGAUAGUGGCCACCCGAAAGAAGCAGCAGCUCUCCAUUGGACCAUGCAAGUCGCUGCCCAAUUCUCCAAGCCACUCGUCAGUGUGCUCUGCUCAAGUCUCUGCUGUCCACAUCAGCCAGACAAGCAAUGGUGGAGGAAGUUUGAGUGAUUAUUCCUCUUCUGUCCCUUCCACACCAAGUACAAGUCAAAAGGAGCUGCGAAUUGACAUUCCUCAAACUGCCAACACUCCAACUCCUGUUCGCAAACAGUCAAAACGGCGUUCUAACAUAUUUGCUUCUCGAAAAGGAAGUGAGCUAGACAAGGAGAAGAAAAAUCUUGACACCAGAGCAGACAGUAUUGGGAGUGGCCGAGCAAUCCCAAUUAAGCAGGGUAUGUUACUCAAGAGAAGUGGGAAGUCACUGAACAAAGAGUGGAAGAAGAAAUAUGUAACGCUGUGUGAUAAUGGAAUCUUGACGUAUCAUCCAAGUUUGCACGAUUACAUGCAGAAUGUCCAUGGAAAAGAGAUUGAUCUCCUUCGAACUACAGUCAAGGUUCCUGGAAAGCGGCCCCCUCGUGCCACCUCGGCCUGUGCACCUCUCUCUAGUCCUAAAACAAAUGGUCUUCCCAAAGACCUAAGCAAUUUGCACAUUACGCAGAACCCAGGUAAUGUGACUCCUACAGGCUCAGCUACACAGAUGGCAAGUGGCAUCAGCCUGGUCUCCUUCAACAGCCGUCCUGAGGGCAUGCACCAACGCUCAUACUCCGUGUCCAGUGCUGACCAGUGGAGUGAAGCCACGGUCAUCGCCAACUCUGGCAUCAGUAGUGAUACUGGCCUGGGAGACUCUGUCUGUUCAAGCCCCAGCAUAUCAAGCACCACCAGUCCCAAGAUAGAGCCUCCACCUUCACCCCACGCCAACCGUAAAAAGCAUCGCAGGAAGAAGAGCACCAGUAAUUUCAAAGCAGAUGGCAUCUCCGGCACAGCUGAAGCCAAACGUAAAGCAUGGAAACUAAACCGUGUAGGUAGCUUGCGAAACAUAUACAGCAGCAGCAGCACCAGCACCAACACAGAAGAGCAAGAAGAGAAUUUUGAGUUUAUCAUCGUGUCUCUGACAGGCCAGACCUGGCAUUUUGAAGCUGCCUCUUAUGAGGAAAGGGACGCGUGGGUCCAAGCAAUUGAAAGUCAGAUUCUGGCUAGUUUGCAAUCCUGCGAGAGCAGCAAGAACAAGUCACGACUGGCAAGCCAGAAUGAAGCUAUCGCUCUUCAGUCAAUCAGAAACAUUCGUGGCAACUCUCAUUGUGUGGACUGCGAGGCAUUAAAUCCAGACUGGGCCAGUUUGAACCUAGGAGCUCUCAUGUGUAUUGAAUGCUCAGGUAUCCACCGCAACCUUGGCACCCACCUGUCACGGGUCCGCUCCCUCGAUCUUGACGAUUGGCCCCUGGAGCUUAUCCGAGUAAUGUCAUCCAUUGGGAACGAAGUAGCUAACAGCAUUUGGGAAGGAAGUGCCCAGGGACGCACCAAACCCUCACCCGAUUCCACAAGGGAAGAGAAGGAACGUUGGAUCCGUGCUAAGUAUGAACAGAAACUGUUCCUGGUUCCACCACCGUGUUCAGACAUUCCCCUGGGACAACAGCUGCUACGUGCUACAGCCGAGGAGAACUUACGAGCUGUCAUUCUACUCCUAGCCCAUGGCUCCAAGGAUGAAGUAAAUGAGACUUACGGAGAGGGGGAUGGACGCACAUCCCUUCACUUAGCCUGUAGGAAAGGGAACGUCGUCCUCACCCAGCUUUUGAUCUGGUAUGGAGUUGACAUAAUGGCACGUGACGCCCAUGGAAACACUGCACUGGCCUAUGCCAGACAAGCGAUGAGUCAAGAGUGCAGCGACAUCUUGCUGCAGUAUGGGUGUCCUGAGGAACACUUUAUCCUGGUGGCGACACCCAAUCUGUCCCGCAAGAGCAGCAACCGCAACAACAACAACAACAAUGGAAGGAUGGAUACGAAACUGCCCACUGUUAUUUGAAGAAGAGGGCAUCAGACUCUUGUGUUUAGAGAGCAGCACUGAACCUCUCCCUUUACGGCCUCGUAUCUGUGAAAUCUCAUUCCACUCCUGAUUAUGUUCUCCAAGCAGCGUCACUCCACGUAAAACCGCAGAAACGAGGUAAACAAGAUGACCAGUCGCAGAGCAGCUCAUAAUACAAAUGAGACAAGGUUCUGUGCCGUCAAAAGAGAGAAAAAGAUUUGGAAGGAUCAGGAAUUGUCUAUGUGCAGAAGGACUAGUGGUAAGGGUGAGAACUCUGUGCUUUUGCAACACUGGACCAACAGGACAGAUUUGUGAAUGCAGACAAGGGAAAAUGGAACUUUCAGGCAUUGACAAUUAGCUGUCAGUACAUUUCACCUCUACCAAACAGGUUGAUUCAGCUUUUCUGCGGAGAGCCGUUGCUGACAUAAAUCAGCUGAGAGCACAGAGUUUGUCAGAUUUGAAGCUCCUAUGAUGGUAUGUGUCAAAUCAGUUGUGGCUAAUCUGUCCAGGGAGAAUACUGGCUUCAUUACACUUGUAUAGUUCAGUUCUUCCACCAUUACCACUGUUUAAUAGAACAUGAUUAGUCAUAAUAGAGAAAAGCAUAUUAGCUGAGGAGGUAGUUACAUGGCACGGUUCAAUGACUGCUUGGAUGUGAUUGUAAUAUUCUCACAAGAAGCACAGUAUCUCAGUCACGUUCUUUCCAGUCCUUUGAGCCCUCCUCCCUAAAUUCACUGUCAUAAUUUAGUGUCUAUUUAAUUUUUGGUCCUCAUCCUAUUCAAAAGAAAGAAAUAGGGUCUUUUCCUCACCCAGCUCUUGCCCCCCCCCCCCUUUAAAUGCUGUGACCCCUCACUACUCUGCCCAGAUGUAAAUGCAGAAACUGCUGGUUGGUGAAAGUCAGGUGCUGUGCUGGAAACAGAUUUGAGUGCCGUGUAGGAUUAAAAGGCUGUAAGCAUUAAUUAAUGCAUUCGAGCAAGGAGAGAAAAGGAAUCGCUUAGUCUUUGCCUCCUUUCUUAGUCACUAGCACACUUCCCCUGUAACCUGUGUUAUCACUGGCAGCAGCAUCCGCAAUGUAUAGGAUGGUUCUCUUGUCUAAGGGAGUGCUUCCUGAAAGAAUUUUCUGUCCUGUUUGUAAGUAUGAUGUAAACUCUGAUGCUAUAAUAUUUAUAUGUUGUACAUAAUUUUGAUCAUUCCAAUGGGAGUUUUGAUUUAUUUUGCAGGGAGGGGAAAAGGGGUGAUUUGAACACCCUUUUGGCAGUUCUUUACUCUGGAAAAUGGCUGAUCUAGUCCAUGAGUUGUUGGCUGUAUGUCAUUUGCGCUGUUUAUUUUGGGAGGGAGUGAUGCUGUAGGGAUGAGGUAGAAACUCAGUAAUUUGGAUAAUAUUGGCCAGUAAUGCACAGUUUAAACUCCAUUCCACACUCCAGCAUUAAGUCCAAAUAGAAUGCAUUUUUCUAGCUUUCCUUGCGCAUUCUGUGUGACAGAUCCCUGGUGAAAACAUAUUUAAUCAGAAGAAUUUGGCUCCCUCCAACAGACUUAAGCUUCCUUCAAAAUGAUCAUCAACAUCAGCACACUACAGAAAUUGAUUUUACAUUCCCCACCAUUUAAAUGAUGAAUACUUAGACUUGGCAAUUUUCAGUGAUUCCACUGAUAAAUUUGAGGGUCAAGUUACUCUGGCCUUCAAAAUUUUAAUUUACCAAACCAAGUCUGAGUAUCAUGAAGCACAAUAUUGAUUCAUGCCGAUUGUGCGUGGCCCAAUUACAAAUCUAUUUCUUGGCAAAAUAAGGUAAUGAAGGAUGUGCCAUGUUGCAUUCCCUUCCAAUUGACGAAGAGGUGCGGGCACCAUCAGUACAAUCAUAAAUAUACGGAUCAUAUCAUGUAGAUUUUUCCAAUCUCUUCCGUGGUAGAUUGGCAAGUUUUGUGGAAACCAUGACAGGUUAGUUUCACUCACAGCUGAGUAAAAUCAUGCUACAGACUAUUGAUCAUGGAUUUUAGAAAGUAGGGAAAGGAGCUAAAGGUCUCUGGCAGUGAUCCAUUCACCACCCAGCCACUAUUUUGAAUCCUGGCAUAACGCAUGUUGCUGAAACACAGCUUGGCAAGUUAGACUGAAGUGUGCAAUGUUUAUCUGGCAGGCUGACUAAUUAAAAUGUCCUACUAAAAUCCCUGCUAGACUUCCGCAGGCCUGGGAACCUUUGUGUCUCAGCUGAUUUCCCUCUUGUCUGACAAACAAACACACACAAUUCUGUUUGGAAAAGUGACAGGAAUAACACACCACCCAAAAUGUGUUAACAGAGAUCCUUCACUUUCAGCAGUGCAGUGCAUCUGUGUGUUUAGUAUCCAGUUUGCCGUUGUGCCAAGGUGAUGCUCUUGUGUUAAAACUAACAGCUUUGCUCACCUGCACAGCAUCUAAAUAAAACAUACAAAGGAAUUUGCUUUCCUGCAAUUCAUUCAUUUUUUUUAAAAUUGUAGAAUAUGUAUCAAAGAUCAGAUAGCACCUUCAGGUUCCAUGUCACAGAUCUAACAAACCAUUAGGUUCACUGUCAUAAGUAGAAAGCAUCAUGCUUCUUCCAAAUCAUUGCUCUCAUACUCAUCCAAUACCUGAAUCAUUUCUCUCACAUCCCUGCAUAUCUGAGUCAUUACUGUAACAGUCCCCCAAAUCCCAGCUCCUUGCUCCAGUAUUCCAUUAAUCCCAAAUCGUUACUCAAUAAUAUUCCUCCAAAUCCCAAACCAUUGCUCCUCCAAGUUCAGAAUUAUUGCUGCCAUACCACGCUUCGGUCGCUGCUUCAAUCUGUUCAGAUCUUAAAUCAUAAAUCUAACACAAUUUCAUGAGAGACACUAUCAAUCCAACAUCCUUUGGGUCCUCCAUCUCAAAAUGACAACAGUGUAUGGAACUAAGGUGGUGAAAAGAACUUUGGCAAAGAUUCACUGCCAUGUAUAUACACAGUAAAUAUUUCUCAGUGACAGUUGGUAAUCUGGUCAGUUUAAUAGUUUGUUGUCAUCUAAAUGCCCUAUUUGGAUUGCUGUUUUGGAAUUAUGAGGUGUAUAUUCUCCACAUUCCUGCUUUGUAAUUCCUGUGUUUCUGGUUUGUUUAGGGAAAGCAUCCCUAAAGAGUGCCAAGCCUAAAUAUAAACGUAUUCCUAAUCGUGCUUUAUAAACUGAGCCAGUCAU